AUGCACUUCAAAGUCAUCCCCGCGCUUCUUAUGCUGGCCCCGGCUGUUCUGGCCAACCCCGUUGCCACCGACGCCGCUGACCUCUCUGCUUCCGAUACCGACGAACUGAACGAUGCUCUCGCGAACAUCCCCAGCUCGAUCUUGACUGUGCUGGCGACCGCUAUCCCCCAAUCCUGGUACAUGGAGCUCCUGGACCCGGCUUCCCAAUCCGCUUUCCUGAGCGAGGCCUCGGCCGGUAUUUACCCAGACUGGUACAGCGCACUUCCGUCCAGUGUCAUCGCCUGGGCUAGCUCCGCUGCUGAGAAUGGCGACGACUUCCUGUUCGGGAGCGCGACUGCCACUGACGAGAGCGCGAGCGGUUCUACUGCCACUGGCUCUCGCAGUUCUGCCAGAACUGCCUCUGCCUCUGCCACUGCCACCGCCACUGCCACUGCUACCCAGACCGAGACCGACUCGGAGUCCAGCACUGAGUCCAGCACUGCGACCAACUCCAACACUGAUUCUACUACCGCCACAUCAGAUGCUAAGUCUUCGGAGACCGCUUCCAAUACUGCUUCCAGCGCUGCAUCCUCCACUCCCGCAUCCGAGACCUCUACUGGCGGUGCUCCUCUCGCUACUGGAAGUGUCGCCAUGGGCCUGGCUGGUGCUGCUGGCUUGCUCGGCCUCAUUGCCGUCCUCUAA